CCCCAAGUCCCAACCACUUCCCUUCCACGUUUCUUCCUUCGAGCCCGGCCGGCUAUACAUCACUAUAUCACUAACGCCACUUCUGCUUCCCUCGCUCAUUCCUACCCGAAAAAGUCACCACCUAAGCUCAACCUCCAAACCCAGAAUGGCUCUAGUUAGACAACGCCGUAACCUCAAUCUCCGCCUCCCCUUGCCGGACGCCACCGAUUGCCGCCCACGCUUCCCCCUCCCACUCCCCCCAACUUCACUCUCUUCCGCCACUACCGCCAGCGGCACCGCUCCCACUACCGCCACAUCCCAAGAAGUCGACCGCCUCUCCGACCUUGAGAAACUCAAAGUCCUUGGCCACGGUAACGGCGGCACAGUCUACCAUGUCCGCCACAAGCGCACAUCUGCCAUCUACGCUCUCAAAGUCGUCCAUGGAGACUGCGAUACCACCGUUCGCCGUCAGAUCUUCCGCGAGAUUGAGAUCCUCCGACGUACAGACUCUCCCUACAUAGUCAAGUGCCACGGAAUUUUCGAGAAACCCUCCGGCGACACCGCUAUCCUGAUGGAAUUCAUGGACGGUGGCACACUCGAUUCGUUCCUCAAAUCCCAUGGAACCCUCUCAGAGAUCUCACUCUCCACCAUCGCGCGUCAAGUCCUCAACGGUCUUCACUACCUUCACUCCCAGAAAAUCGUCCACAGAGACAUCAAACCUGCAAAUCUGCUAGUGAAUCAGAAGAUGGAAGUGAAGAUUGCAGACUUCGGAGUCAGCAAGAUCAUGUGCCGUAUGCUCGAACCCUGCGAUUCUUAUGUGGGUACCUGUGCUUACAUGAGCCCUGAGAGGUUCGAUCCAGACACUUACGGUUCGAAUUACAACGGUUACGCUGCGGAUAUCUGGAGUUUGGGACUUACACUAUUGGAGCUCUACAUGGGUCACUUCCCCUUGCUAACACCUGAGCAGAGACCCGAUUGGGCCACUCUAAUGUGUGCCAUAUGUUUCGGAGAACCACCGAGCUUGCCGGAGAGUGCUUCGGAGGAGUUUGAGAGCUUCAUCAAUUGUUGUUUGCAGAAGGAUUCCAGUAAGAGAUGGACAGUAUCGCAGCUCUUGUCACACCCUUUUAUUGUCAAGGAUCUGAAAAUUCAUCAUUGAAAAUCCUUAUCUGAGUUGCCGGUUAUUUUUUUUUCAAUCGCCGGUGCCGUAAUCUGUACAUAUCCCUACGGGAAAUGAUAAUCCUUUUUGUGUGGA